AUGUCAUCUACGAAAAAAGAUAAAGAAAAUAAUUGGUCAUCCGAUGCAUUACUUGAAUUAUCCGAUCUUGCAAAUGAACAAUUACGUACAUUGGAGCGACUUAAUAUUUCUCAUAUUCAAGCAAAUGCUCAACAAGAACUUGAAUCAUGGCAUUCAGCUGCUGUUGCACGUUUAGGUCAAAUCUAUUCACAACGUUUAGCAGAUUUAGCUCAAGUUUAUACACAAGAUGUUUGUCCUGAUUCAGAAAAAUUUAAACAAAAAAUGACUGAUCAACUUAAAAAUCGUAUUAUGCCGCGAAUUACGAAAGUUCUCGAUGAUCCAAUACCUGAUCCAGAAAAAGUUGAAAAAAUGCAGAAUUUACUAUGUCAUAUUAAAUCAGAAUGUGAUAUGAUGCGUGAUCGUCAAUGGAUUCGUGUUCAAUUACCUGAUAUAAAGAGUUUAUCAAUUCCAAUAAAAAUUACUAAAACAGUUUUAGCAACACAUUUAGCAAAUCAUGCUAAAGAUUUAUUAGAUGAUUUAAGUGAUGAUGAUGAUGCAGACGAUAAUAAAAAAGAUGAUGAUUCACCAGCGAAAAAAAAACGAAAAACUGCUUCAAUUGAUGUUAUUGAUAUAUUUACAUCAAGUCCUGAACCAAUAAAAAAUUAUACAUUAGAUACAAAUUCAUCAACAUUAGCUCUUUCAAAUACUCAUAUACUUAUUCAUGAUAAUCAUAAACUAAUUUUAUUUGAUUAUCAAAAACAAUUAACUGAUUUACCAUGGAAUGAUAAUGAUUAUGGUAUUCUUGUUGAUAUGUGUUGGAUGUCAUCAUUGUCUGUAUUUGUAAUUUUAACAAUUCAUUCUCUAUAUAUAUAUGAUCCAAUAAAACCAGCACCAAAUCUUCCAGUUAAAAUUGAGUCUGUUCAACCAUUAGAUCGAACACAUGUUUUAGCAUCAAUAUCACCAUAUGAACGUGAAGUUUAUAUAAAUUAUCAUAAAGGUAUACAUAUUGAUCAUUAUCGUGUUUCACCAACAUCUCAAUGGACAUUAGAAAAACGUUAUUCAAAAUCCGAUUAUUGUGAAACAAAAGAUAUUGGUAUUCGUGAUGUUCGUUGUGAUUCACAAUAUGUUUGUUUAUCUGUAAUGCAACAAAGUGAUUUAAAAUGGAGAUUAGAUAUAAUGUCACGUGAUAUGAAAAGAAUACGACGUGGUAUUGGCAUGGAUUCAGGUGAAAAUCAACAUAAAUUUUUUUCAAUGCUUGUACCACUUCAUGAUCAACGAUGGUUAUUUGUUAAUUGGCAUACAAAUAAACUUUGGUUAGUUGAUCAACAAGGAAAAACAAAAUUAAUUAAAGAUAAUAGAAUAAAAAAUAUUCGAAAUAUUUGUAUUGCUCCUAAUGGUUGUUAUAUGGCUGUUAGAACCGAAAAACCAUCAGCAAUGAAAAUGUAUAAACUUGAUUAA